CGACUGCCAAGCCUCAUGCCGGAAUGCUGCCUUCUGAUAGCUGUCGGGGCACUGGUUGGAGCAAUCAUUUUUGGCACUGAUCACAAAUCCCCACCAGUUAUGACUACCAACAUUUACUUCCUGUAUCUCCUCCCACCCACUGUCCUUGAGGAGGGGUACUUUAUGCCCACUCGCCCCUUUUUUGAAAAUUUUGUGUCCAUCCUGUGGUGGUCUCUACUGGGAUCCCUCCUGAAUGCAUUUGGCAUUGGACUCUCUCUCUAUGGGAUCUGCCAGAUCGAAGCCUUUGGUCUCACUGACGUUAAUCUGGUGCAGAACUUGCUCUUCGGCAGCCUGAUUUCAGCUGUGGAUCCCGUGGCGGCACUAGCUGUUUUUGAAGAGGCCUCUGUUAAUGAGCAGCUUUACGUGAUGAUAUUUGGAGAGUCUUUGCUAACUGAUGGAAUCACUGUGGUGUUAUAUAACAUAUUACUCACCUUCACCCAGAUGCACCGAUACGAAGAGAUUAAACCCACUGAUGUUCUUGCUGGAGUUGCUCGUUUCUUUGUAGUGGGACUAGGCGGAGUGCUGGUUGGCAUCGUGUUUGGAUUUGUUUCGGCAUUCAUGACUCGAUUUACUCAGAACAUUUCUACCAUUGAACCGCUGCUUGUCUUCAUGUUCAGCUAUUUGUCAUAUUUGUCUGCUGAAACCGUCUACAUCUCAGGCAUUCUGGCGAUGACGGCAUGUGCAGUGACUAUGAAAAAAUAUGUGGAGGAGAAUGUUUCCCAGAAUUCCUACACAACCAUAAAGUACUUCAUGAAGAUGCUGAGCAGUAUCAGCGAGACCCUGAUUUUUGUGUUCAUGGGAGUGUCCACAGUUGGAAGGAACCACGAGUGGAACUGGGCCUUUGUUUCCUUCACUCUGCUCUUCUGCUUGAUUUGGCGGGCACUAAGUGUGUUUGCUCUCUUUUAUAUCAGCAACAAGUUUCGGACUUAUCCCUUCACCAUUAAAGACCAGCUCAUUAUUGCCUACAGUGGCCUUCGAGGAGCCAGUAGUUUCUCUCUUGCAUUUUUGCUUCCUAGGUAUCUCUUCCCUAGAAAGAACAUGUUCAUUACAGCUACUCUUGUAGUUAUAUAUUUCACUGUGUUCAUUCAGGGAAUCACAAUUGGUCCAUUGGUCAAGUAUCUAGAUGUUAAAAAGACCAACAAGAAAGAGUCUAUCAAUGAAGAGGUUCAUGUACGAAUGAUGGAUCACUUGAAGGCUGGAAUUGAAGAUAUAUGUGGGCAUUGGAGUCACUCUCAACUGAGAGACAGAUUUAAAAAGUUUGACAAUACAUAUCUAAAGAAAAUCCUGAUCCGGGGGAACCAGCCCCAAUCCAGCAUUGUAUCUCUGUACAAGAAGAUGGAAAUCAAACAGGCCAUUGACAUGGCAGAAAAUGGGAUGACAAGUUCAGCUGAAUCGACAUCUUCUCUCCAAAGCUAUAGAAAUCAAACAAUGCAUAAACUUUCCUCUGAAGAGGUGGAGUCCAUGCGGGAUAUGCUGACACACAGUCUGUAUCAAGUACGACAAAGGACCCUGUCGUAUAACAGACACAACCUGCCAACAGAAACAAGCGAGAAACAAGCCAAAGAAAUUCUCAUCCGGCGCCAGAACAGCCUGAGGCAGAGUGUGAGGAAAGGAAACAGCUUUUCUUGGGGGAAACCGGCUAGCACCCAAAAUUUGCGUUUCUUCACUUUACCGUAUGGUACUCAUCAUACAGCGAGACGAAAAGCAAGGCAUGAUGCUUCUACAGGUGAUUACAGCAGUGAUUCUGAUUCAAUGGUCUCCAUCAUGUUCAGUCCACAGCUCCGAGCAGGCUCACUUGGAGCAAACCGUCGUCAACAGGAGAUGGUUCUGAUGGAGCGGUUAGAUAGAAGAGAGAAACUGUCAGAUUUUGCAGAUCAGAGGGGAACCCCAAGCAAGCAGGAUCACACAGCUAGAAUAAGAAGACCGGCUUUAAUGCCAAAGCCCCAGUUUGACGCAGUGUUUGAAGAAGAAAUACAGGGAUAUGAAUCAGAAGAGGAGGAAGGAGCAGUCGCUGCAUCAAGGCCAUCAGUUAAAUGGGCAGCAGAGAAAAGAAAUACGAAGAAACUUCAACAAAGAGACUCUGUGACCUCAAAACCAUCUUUCCACUCCAUAGGCAUUCAGAUGACUGAAACUUCUUCAGAUGAACAAAACAAUGGACUGAAACUGUCUCUCUUAUUGGCUGCACAGAAGUGGAAGAACUUGAAUGGAAAGGAUGUUGUUUGUAAACUACCUGGAGUCAGUGAAAAACACCUGCUGUUUAAGAAUGUUUAA